CGCUGUCAGGUGCUCGGUAUUGUCAAAAUGGCUGGUGUAUGUUUACGGUGUCCGUGUUUUGAACGUUUAAAAUAUGGUCCUGACGAAAUAGAGCAGUUCCAGAGGAGCAGAAAAAUUGACAAAAUGUUAGAACUCGAUAAACGAGCACGACGUAAGCUAGUUAAACUUUUAUUACUAGGUGCUGGUGAAAGUGGUAAAAGCACGUUUCUAAAACAAAUGAGAAUAAUACAUGGUUUAAAUUUUGAUGACGAAACUAUAGCUGAGUAUAGAGUUACUAUUUAUCAGAAUAUUGUUAAGGGCAUGAAAGUAUUAGUUGAUGCCAGGAACAAACUGGAGAUUCCAUGGCAGGAUCCAUCUCGUAGCGAGCAUGGAGAUCUCAUUAUGACAUACGAAAACUCUUAUCUGGAUAAAACUUCAUUUUCACAUUAUGCUCCGUCAGUUAAAGAAUUAUGGAAGGAUCACAGUAUCAAAAUAGCAUUUCACAGAAGAAGAGAAUUUCAGUUAGUGAGUAUUCCUGCUUUUCGUAUUACUUAAGUAGUUUUCAAUCAAAUAUAUUUUAUAUCAUACUUUGAUUCAUUAGCAAAACUUUAAACUGAUAUAUUUACUGAUUUUUACAUUGAAUUUUAAUUCAUAUUAUUUCUUGUACUAAUUAAGGUAACAUAAUAAACUAAUCGGCGUGAAAUUUAUUUCUAGAGUGUUAAAUAUAAACAAUAUGCUUUGUAGUUGAAUUUUAUCAAGAUGAUACAUUAGGAUCAAAUUUAGAUAUUUUAAAAAGUAUGUCAAGGAAGAUUAAUGUUGAGUGGAAAAGUUAAAUCAAAAUGCAAAAUGCUACGGAAGAACUUAAGUGGGAGGCUAUCUUCGAUGCUCCCUUUAAGUGUACAAGAACUGUUACUUGCACUUAGACGUCUUAAAAUGAAGAAAUCUCCUGGUGUGCAUUAUAUCCAUAGAGAGUUUCUUAUCCAUUUGGGCUGUGAGUUAAGAAAAACAGUAUUGAAUGUCUUUAAUCAAGUGUGGGAAUCGGAUCAGAUUCUGGCACAUUGGAGAAGAGCUAGUCCUAAAGAAAAAUAAGAACCCUGGACAGCUAUUUCCGAAGGAAUAGGUCAAUGUGUGACCAGGUGGCAAAAUUCAGCCAGUUUAUUAAGGAUGCUUUGGAUGACAGAAACAUAUUGACAGCUAUUUAUGUUGACUUUAAGGGAUCUUAUGAUUCUGUCUGGUGGGCAGCUCUACCAGAAGCUCCUGAGUAUUGUUAUUUCAUCAAAAUUCUUUAAUUGGAUAGUAAAGUUUGAGUAUACCCAUGUUUUAGAUUCAUUAUAUUAGAUUUGUUUUAAUUAUCAAACUGGGCUUCCUCAGAGAGCAGUUAGUAGCUGCACAUCAUUUGAUAUAUAUAUUAGAUUUGUUUUAAUUAACAAACUAGGCUUUCUCAGAGAGCAGUUAGUAGCUGCACAUUGUUUAAUAUUUGUAUCAGUGAUCUAGUUUCUUCUUUUAAAUCAACACCUUGUAUUAAUUGUCUACUAUUUGCUGAUGAUUUGAUUACUUGGACAAGGCUCCCAAACAUGGUGCACAAAAAAAAAAAAAAAAAAAAAAAAAAAAAAAAACUUAUUGAAAGCCGAUUAAAUAAGUCCCCUUAGGUACUUUAAAUUGGUGUGAAGAAAAUAAUAUGACUGUAAAUUUGGAAAAGGCGAUUUCACAGUCUUUUUCUCUAACCCAUGAAAUUUUUUGGUCAUAGUUAAAGCCCAGAGAGAAAUAUUUUUUCUUUCUAUGCCCCUGUAGGAUACAAUGGUACCUCCUUUGAUGGGGAAGUAGCAGCCAUCUGUAUAGCCCUAAAGUAAUUAUAAGCUAUUCAUUACAAGUUUGCAAAGGCAGUCAUUUUUUCUGAUUUUGAUGCAAUCAUUCAAUCAAUUAGCCUUGUUAAACACCCAUUAACACCUGAAAUUUUGCAAUGUCAAAGAUUCCUGAGAACUCUCACUUUAAAGGGGGAAUUAAAUCAUUCUCCAGUGGGUGCCUGACCAUUGUGACAAUGAACAAGCAGACUUACUUGUAAAAAGAGAUACCAGCUUACUACAACAUCCUAAUACAGCCAUUUCUUAUUGGAGGAUUAAACUGUUUUUAAAAAGUUUAUCCAUGUCUGAUAUCUUGCGAGAUCUUUAGAUAGCCUUAAAAAGUUGGAGAAUGAUAAGUUCUCUUACUCCUGAUUGUCCAAGACGCAGUGCAUUUGCAGUUUUCCAUCUGUCUACAGGACAUGAUUGCCUUGCCGCCCACCUGCACCACAUAAAUAUUUCAAGUGAUCCUAUUUGCCCACUUUGUGAUUCUGGAGAAGAAAUGGGCAGGGGCCACCUGGUUUGAUGUGGGGCUGUUCGCAGUCUUACAGAAGAGUCGAGAUACUGGGAGGCAAGAGCGCUUAGGCAAUGACUUCAGUCUUUUUGUUUUUAGUUCUGUUGUUUGUAAGAUUUUAGUUCUUUGUAACAUUUUGCCUUGCCAUUGAGGGGGGGGGGACACAUUUAAAAAGUAACAAAAGUUUCAUAAUGUUUUGUACAUUUAUAUAUUAAUGAUAUAUGUUAGAUUUCACUGAUUUUGUGAGAUAAAGCCUUAUCAGUCACUUUAUCAGUAUUUUGAAAUGCAGAAUUCUGGAUGAGAUUUGUGAGAAAUUAGAAACCUAUUUCUUUCUUGUUUUCUAGUGGUGUAGGAUUUGCAUAUUAGUCUAGCACACUUAGUUUCGAUUUCUAGCAAGAGUGUGGUAAAUUUUUUUAGAAGUCUUAAUUCCUGAUGUCUCAAAAAAAAAAAAAAAAAAAAAAAAAAAAAAA